UUUCAGUUUGAGGACACAAUGAAGUUAAGUUUGUGAUCUAAGGACUUGCACUAUCUCCAAAUCUGCAGGAAGGACUUUUUGAUUGGAUCAAUAUAAAUACCUUCUUCAUUCGCUUCCAUCUUCAUCAACUUCUUCCCAAUUUACAAUAUCCCGUUAUUUCAUCUUUUUUUUUUUAAUUGCGUAUCAAAUUCCUAGCACCAUGACUGUUCUUGUUGAACAUUUCGCCUCCGAUUCAAGAAUUGAGGAAAAGAAAAUGAAAGAUGAGAGGGAUGAGGAACUGUUGUGGGAUGGAGGUUUCGUGGUUCCAAAAUCUAAAGAAGCUGAUGGAUUUGAUGCUCCUGAUAUCAACUUCUUGGGCCACUCUUUUAGGGAUUAUGAGAAUGGUGCAAGCGAGAGACAGCAAAGUGUUGAGGAAUUCUAUAGGAUGCAACACAUUCACCAGACUUUUGACUUUGUGAAAGAAAUGAGAAAAGAGUAUGGAAAACUUAACAAAAUGGAAAUGAGUAUAUGGGAAUGUUGUGAACUAUUGAACAACGUGGUCGAUGACAGUGAUCCCGAUCUGGACGAGCCUCAAAUUCAACACCUUCUCCAAACCGCUGAAGCCAUUAGGAGGGAUUAUCCUAAUGAAGACUGGCUCCAUCUCACUGCUUUAAUCCAUGAUCUUGGAAAGGUUCUGCUUUUGCCAGAAUUCGGUGGUCUUCCCCAGUGGGCUGUCGUUGGCGAUACAUUUCCAGUUGGAUGCGCCUUUGACUCGGCCAAUAUCCACCACAAGUAUUUCAAAGAAAAUCCUGAUAAUAACCCAAAAUACAAUACGAAAAAUGGAGUAUACAGUGAAGGAUGUGGACUGGACAAUGUUUUUAUGUCAUGGGGUCAUGACGACUACAUGUAUUUGGUGGCUAAGGAGAAUGGCACAACUCUUCCUCACGCUGGUCUCUUCAUUAUUCGAUACCAUUCCUUUUAUCCAUUGCACAAGGCGGGGACGUACACACACUUGAUGAACGGUGAAGACAGGGAGGAUCUCAAGUGGCUCCAUGUAUUCAAUAAGUAUGACUUAUACAGUAAGAGCAAAGUUCAUGUAGACGUUGAACAGGUGAAGCCUUACUACAUUUCACUUAUCAACAAGUAUUUUCCGGGAAAACUAAAAUGGUGAAGAAUAAAAACUGGGAGAGCACUGAUUACAUUUUACUUGGAAGAUGAGAUCGAAGAUUUGUGAGUUUGUUUUAUAAAUCAAAAGAUUAAUCUUAUCUAAUAAAACGCUAUGAUUUUCAUU